AAAACAAGUUUUAAGUUAAACUCUUUCUAAUUAUUUAGUGAGUACGUAGAGAUGAAUUCAAUUGCAAAAUAAUUUUAUGUAUGAAAUUUAGACAUAAAGUUAAUAAAAAAUUUUCUUCCCAAAUUUACAUGCUAACUGAAACAUUGGAUCAAAGGUCAAUCGAUGGUGCUAAGAAACCAAUCGGAAACGAAUAUAAAAAAAAUUUAUAUAGUGGCUUAUCAUAAAUCAGAUUAAAUCUACUAAAUACUAAAAUUAGUAAAAUAAGUUCAAUGGAAUAAAAUUCUUGUUCGUUAUCCGUCAGUGAUUAUUUUGCAAAAUUGUUAAAUGCGUUUGUGUUAUGUACAAAGCAAUUACGUCUAAACAAGUUUGCUAAUAUUUAAUUACAAAAGUACGCUUUGUCCGUUUAGUAUUCGUGGAGAUUUAAGCGUGAAUGGUUGAACGGCUACUUCCGAAAUUUUCUUUGAAUUCUGAACAAUUAUUGUGAAAAUAAAUUAAAAAAUUAUCGCUAAAAAAAUGGUCCCAAUUGAUACGGUUAACCCUGAUUUACAAAAAGAGCGCCAUAGCGCUACUUUUAGUAGCAAUGAAUUUUCAGUUUGGUGGGCGGGUGGCCCAAAGAAAUAUGAAGAAAAAAAGAAACUGGAAAAACUCUUUCUUGAUGAUCCGACUUUGAAGGAUGAUAUACCAAUUUCCUAUAUGUCACAUAAGGAACUUUAUGAACAUAGUGUAAAAAAAGCCACCAUAAUCGCACAAAAAAUACGUCAAAUACGUAAUGACGGCGAAGAUAGUGUCGACGUCUAUAAUGCUAUACUUGGUGGUUCACUCGGUUCUGCUCUCAUUAAGGAAGGUAACCCGAUGACAUUACAUUUUGUAAUGUUUGUACCGACAAUCAUGGGUCAAGGAACCAUGGACCAACAAAUGGAAUGGUUACCAAAAGCAUGGGAUUGCUCCAUAAUUGGUACUUAUGCACAAACUGAGUUGGGUCAUGGCACCUUUUUGCGUGGGUUAGAAACACGUGCUGACUAUGAUGCUUCUACACAAGAGUUUGUUUUGAAUACUCCUACACUAACUGCCUACAAAUGGUGGCCUGGUGGUUUGGGUCACACUGCAAAUUAUGCAAUUGUUGUUGCACAACUUUAUACGAAAGGUGAAUUUCGUGGUUUGGCUCCGUUCAUAGUGCAAUUACGUGACGAGGAGACGCAUGAACCAUUACCUGGUAUUGAUGUUGGCGAAAUUGGUACCAAAUUGGGUAUGAAAUCAGUUAAUAAUGGUUACUUGGGUCUAAAGAACUUGCGUAUUCCACUUAAAAAUAUGCUUAUGAAAAAUCAACAGGUCCUUCCUGAUGGCACAUAUGUAGCACCUAAGAAUACUGUUUUAACCUAUGGCACUAUGAUGUUCGUGCGUUGUGCUCUUAUACGUGAUACAGCACAAAGCUUAGCGAAAGCUUCAACAAUUGCCACACGGUAUUCAGCCGUGCGUCGUCAAAGUCCAAUAGAUCCAAAUCUACCUGAACCCCAAAUAAUGGAUCAUACCACACAACAAUUAAAACUAUUCCCACAGAUAGCUAAAGCAAUUGUUAUUAAAACUACAGGCGACAAUGUAUGGAAUAUGUAUAGCAAUGUGAGUGGUGAAUUGGAACAGGGCAUUCUUGAGCGAUUGCCUGAAAUGCAUGCACUAUCAUGUUGCUUAAAGGCAAUCUGCAGUGCUGAUGCAGCUAGUGGUGUUGAGCUCUGUCGCUUGGCUUGUGGUGGACAUGGCUAUAUGGAUUGCUCCAACUUUCCUACCAUUUAUGGCAUGGCUACAGCUGUGUGCACGUAUGAAGGAGAAAAUACUGUGAUGUUAUUGCAAACGGCACGCUAUUUGGUUAAAGUCUACGCACAAGCUUUGAAUGGCGAAAAAUUGGUACCAACGGUUGCAUAUAUUAGUGAAGCUGUAAAAGAAACAGAAUUUGUCAACUUCGAUGGUUCGCUACAGAGUAUUGUAAAAGCCUUCGAAUUUGUUGCUGCAAAUAAAAUACGUAUUGCCUAUGAACGUAUGGAAAAACUCCGUAAACAAGGUUAUGGACAAGAAGUAGCUGCGAAUAUGUGUGGCAUUGAACUAACACAAGCGGCCGAUUUGCAUGGACGUGCUUUCUUAGCACUUUCUGCUUACACAGAACUACUAGCGAUCGCACGUGGUGUCUCCAAUGCAAUGGGUGAUGUUUUAAAAACUAUUCUAGAAUUGUAUUUAAUCGAUGCUUGUUUAAAUCGAAUUGGCGAUUUUUUGAGAUUUAUCAACUUCAGUGGAACUGAAAUAGAUAAUUUGGAAAUACGUUUGGAGAACUGUUUGAAACAAUUACGACCGAAUGCAGUUGCUUUGGUGGAUGGUUUCGAUCUGCAUGAUCGUGUAUUAGAUUCAGCUUUGGGCGCUUCAGAUGGUAAUGUUUACGAACGUAUAUUUGAAUGGGCGAAAAAGAGUCCCUUAAAUACCGAAUCUGUGAAUAAAUCAUUCCAUCAGCAUUUGAAGCCAUUUAUGAAAGCUAAUUUGUAAGAGAAAAGCAAAUUUGUAAAAGAAAAUCCAAUGUCUUCAAAAGUAUUCUACUUUCUCUGUAAGAGAUUCCUUACAUUAUUAGGCAAAUAUUUUUAAAAUAACUUUUUGUAAAUGAGCAUAUAUGCAAAUAUUGUUAUAGUUUUAAAA